AGCAAUAUCUUCUGCUGUGAUUCCAAGUUCAAAUCUUGCACGUAGCGUGCAUGGAAGCAACUCAAACUCCGUGAGCAUUCCAAGAAAAAGAGGUUCUGGAGAAUUUCAUCGGGGUGAAAGUUCAAACAUGGGUGAAGGGACAGGAGAGGUCAAAAGACUUGCUACUGAGUCUCAGGUGAGAGCUAACAACAAUGUGAACCCGUCACCACCAUCACUUUCUUUGGUGCAACAAGAGUAUCAAUUCCUCCGUGGCCCCCAUGUUAAUCCAAACAAUGAAGGGACACCUUUUCCUUCACCCAAUACCCCUGACGGGAUGACUAAUACUGAUGAUGAAAGAAGAGGUUAUCAUGCUCCGAUACCAAGUCACGCGAGUUUGCCUUUCAACGGAGCCUCAUCACAUUCCCAACUGUUUCCUCUGCAACCCUCACAUUCCGUUCGGCCUCUAUCCCUUCUCAGUAGUUCAUUCAUGUCCAGUUCUAUCCCCAACCUUAACAACCCAACUGUGCCGAAUGCUCCUCACUUAAUAUCCUCUCCGUGUCCUCACGCUAGAAUCGAUAAUAUGAUUCCAUUUUUUGAACAUAGAAAUGACAUGUUUGGUCCUCUAGUUACAUCCACUUAUCGACCAAACGGGUCUUACGUUGAUAGUGAUCGAGAGACUACUAGAAGGGCUCUCCUUUAUGGUCUCCGUCAGUUCGAAGCCCCGGAAUCGGAACCACUGCAAUUACUACCUGGAAUUAUGGGCAAUGGUGACAGAGUUAGUAAUGCUGGAGCCAAUACGUACCACCCUCUGAGUGAUUAUAGCGCUACAGCUUGGUUUCUUCCACAGGGCUCACGAGGAACGAACCAUUCUGCUCCAGCAAGUAGUUCUGGCACUCAGAAUCAUCAUAGGCCAAUACCACAAUUUCCUUCUCUUGAAUCACUAAGGGAGCUUCCAUCUGAGAUUGAGCACCCUGGAGUAUUUGGGACGUCGCAAGCAUUCACGGGACUAAGUCUGGAAACGAUAAUGCAGUUCAUGGAGCGUGAAAUUUUCUUGGUUGAUGAAGAUGUCUCAGAAGAAACUAAAGAAAGAUGCCCCGUCUGUCUGGAAGAAUUUUGCAGGGGAGAGGAUAUUGGGAAGCUGAAUUCGUGUGUUCACAAGUUUCACUUUGAUUGCAUUAAAGAGUGGCUCAUGCAGAGGAAUCUUUGCCCCGUCUGCAGAAGAACCGCGCUGGAAAGGCCUAAUGACCCAAGUCUACUAUAUAUACUUAAUAAUUGAAAAGCGAGAAUUACAUAUUAUCAGCUUUUACUACUUUUUUUAUAAUAAAUAAUCAUCACUAUAGUAAGUAUAGUUACAUGGACACCUAAA